AUGCCCAUUCGUGGCUCAGACGUCUGCCUCAUUCUUGUGGCCAUCAUCUUCCCCCCUGCCGCCGCCGCGUUCAUUACAGGAUGCAGUUGUGACCUGCUCAUCAACAUCCUUCUCACGAUCCUCGGUUAUCUCCCAGGACAUAUCCAUGCCUUCUGGCUCAUCUACAAGCGUAUGAAGGCAGAGGAGAUGUAUGGUCGUGGAGGGUACAUGUACGUCGGCAACGGCGCGUUCAGGGGCGGUGCCGCCGGCCCCGCUCCUGUAGGCCCUGGGUAUGGCGCCCAGCCUGGGUACGCUGCUCAACCAGGUUACGGUGCGACAGCGACUCGUCCUUGA